CUCUUUUUACCACUCAAUACCAUACUAUAACUACUUCAGUAUACGCUGCGUUUACAAAUUACGAUCUUGAUUCUACCAACUACUAUAACUACAAACUAGUCCCCUCACUGUUCAAGAGUAACAAAUAGGAGCUGCAAUAUCCUGCGUAUUUUUUUUUUGAUCUUUCCCCCACUUUUAAUUUUAGAUAUUGUUGCUGAUACUUUACAUAUCAUCGAAUUUAUCCGUGACUACUGAAAAACAUUCGUCUAACUGAAGCACAGUUUACUUUUGCAUUUACUAAUCUUAGAAUAUCAGUCUCAAGAUUGCCCAUUUUCCUUGGUCUAUCACUAGUCCCGUUCAACACUACAAGAGAAGAAUUUGUUUGUAAAUAUCCUGGUCCCUCCCCCACUUCACAAUUUUUAAAAUUAACAACAGCUGAUGACGAGUGGAGACAUAUCGCCCACCUCUGAGAUUGUAACGUCUAGAAAACGAUCUAAGGUUUCUAGAGCUUGUGAUGCUUGUAGAAGGAAGAAGGUUCGUUGUGAUGGAGAGUUCUCUUCAUCCAGUAACGUUGUCACAAAAAAAUGUACAAAUUGUACGAAAAACACUGAGACGUGUACAUUUUCUAGAGUUCCUUUAAAACGUGGACCUUCGAAAGGAUAUAUCAGAGAUUUGGAAGAGAAGUUGGAGCAUACUACUAGACCCCGGAAACUUCUGUCUGCAGCCGCCAAUCCAUCAAACCCAUCUUUACAGUCAACCACGGACAAUAAAGAAGGUUUACCAACACAAUUGCAACCGCUUCCAUAUCCAGGCUCACAUCCACCUGCUCCCGCUCCGAAACAUGUUUCGGUGCAUGCAUCUACACAUCCACCCUCUUCCACUUCACAACCACAACCACCCAAUUUGACGAGUAGCCUGGGCAACAAUGCGAAGAAUCAACAAAGUUCAUCACCAAUAAUACUACCACCUUUGAUUGGGAACUUUCUGCAAGUACUUCCAUCUUUCAGGAAUGGUACAAAAGAUGUGAAAACUUCGAAUUCCUCCCCAUCUUCCCCUCACAAUAAUGGGCAACUUAACGCACUUCUCAAUCAUCCUCUGCAGAUUAAGAAUAAAAGUCCACCAAUCCAGGGCCCAUUUUGGAAAGUUCCAUAUGAAAUGCCAUCAAACAAUCACAAUCGAAGAUCGUCUGUUGAUUCGAUUUCUUCUUCAAACUCUAGCAUUAGUGGAGUAAGUAAUGUAUCUCGAUCUAGAUUACCUUCAUUAAGACCUAGCGUUUCGGCUAGUGACACUGGAGUUUCUGAUAGUGAAGAUGAUUUUUAUUCAUCAUUGUCUCAAUCACUAUCACCACGAAAUUCCAUCAGUUCACUUUCAAGUUUGAAUGGAAGAAUUAAUUCCAGCUUAGGUAUUGGUCAGCUGCAACCCCCAGCUCCAAUACAAGGUGGAUUGCAGCAGCAGCAGCAGCAGCAGAUCCAAAGCGUCCAACAACAACAGCAACAACAUAUUCUAGUCCAACCACGUGCACAAGUCCCUUACGGACAAUAUCAACCACAACAGCAACAAGUGGGAAAAUCAAAUUAUGCUUUCAUUCCUAUGCAUUCGGGAGCUGUAGAUCCUACGGGUCACUUCAUACAGCAGUCACACUUCCCACCUUCUGGUGGCUCGUACGUACAACCACCCUCUUCAUUUGCAGUGCAGGGUCCCAAGUUUCCAGUUCAUACUAUUGAACAAAAUAUUAGCAUGUAUUAUGCAAAGUUUCAUGAUAAUUUUCCAAUACUUCCCUUUAAUGAAAACCUUUUAAAGUCCAUGGUGGACAGUAUGGUAGCUGAUGUACAGUUCCGUUAUGUACUAGACUUAUUCCACCUCGCAUUGAGUAGUAUCAAUAACUACAAAACUCAGAAUAUCAAGGAUAAUAUUGACAUUUUAAACAGAGCUCUAACUAUCUAUCCAUUUGCAAAUCAUGGUAUUUUACCAAAUGAUAAUGUCUUGGUCUUUUUCUUUUCGUCAUUAGCUUUGAUAAACUACGCUAUUCUACUUAAUGGUGAUAUUUAUUCAUUGGGAUUGAGUAUUACUGUUUCAAUUCUCAAUGAUUUCAAAACGCUAGAGAAGUUUGUUUCAUGGAUUAGACUGAGUCCAGCUCUGACUGAUCCAGACAAUAUUACUGUUUUCCUUCCAAAGAUUUAUCACUGUCUUUGUGUGAUUGAUUCCAUUUAUUCGUUGGCAUUUGGAGUUCAAAAAGCUAUACCUCUUAGCCAGAUGGUGAUUAUUCUUAAUAAGAAUGUAGAUAAAUUGGUUCCUAAAGUUCAAGAUGGAUGUUCUCUUAUGAAUGGUAUAACUAACUUAAAACUUGGUACUACUUUGGGUAAAUUGGUAUCACUUCGAGACUCAAAAAGAUGUGGAGAAACAUAUCUGUCUAGUUUCCCUCAUGAAUCAAUUGGUCAAGCAAGUUUCCCAUCUCAUUUUAUACAUGUGGUUAAUGAUAAACAUGAAGUAUUAGGAUACUUGGAAGAAAUAUCUUCCUUUUUGCAAAAAUCAAAAAAUGAAAAAUGUAAGGAAGAUAUUGAAGAGAUACUUCGGGAUCAUCAAUUGAAACUUGGAAGACUUGUGAAACGAUUAUCGCUGUCAAUAAUUAACUUGGCUAAUUAUAUUUCAACUAUUAAUAACCCACAUUCCAAUUCUAGUAACAACAUGAUGAUUAUUCAAAAUGGUAACAGACAAAAUGUUAAUAACUUUGAAUUGAUAUCUCCACUUUUGAAUGUUUCAUAUGGCCAAUCUUAUAAACUUAUCAAGUUGUCGAAGUUAAUAAUUGAUAGCUUAACUAAAACAUCCAAUGACUCGGAGUUAAAUAAUCGUUGUCUCAAAAUUAAUAAUGAUUUAUCAAUUGCAUUUAACUUGUUAAACAGCGAUUUGAAUUCAACAUAUGUGACAAUUCCGAAUGAUUCGAAUUCACAUCAUCACGUUUUAGGAUCAACGGCAAUCGUAUUGAUCAAAAACAAGAUUGAUCAAUAUGAUUUGAAUUUUGGUCAUUUAUCCCCAGAUUCUACAGGUAAUAUGAAUUACGGAAUAGAUUCAUGGCAAUAUGAAUAUUCAAAUUCAAUAAUGAAAUUUAUUGAAAAAGAAGACAUUGAAGGGUGGUUUUAAAUAAUGGUAAAGAAAAGUUUAUGUAAUAUCAAUUUAAUAAUAUCGUUGGAAUAGUUUUUGUAUUUCUCUAUUUAUAUACUUCCUUUAUUACAAAAUGUUCCGUACAGAAAUCCAACCAUUGAAUAGAAUCAUUGAAAACAGAAUAAAAAAAUGAUCAGAUAGUCUUUCCUUUUUAUUUAAAUCAUUCUUGCGCAC